AUGGAUGCUGAUGAGGGCUACCAAUCGUUGAUCAAAAUAUUGAAUGACAAGUAUGAUAACCCUGAGGCCAGAAGAUGUGCUCUACAUGACUGGGAGAAUCUCCGCCAGAAUAAUGGGGAGACGGUCAAACAGUAUGCGCAGCGCUUUGAGGAAGCAGUGAUCUUUCAGGAGAGCUCCGGCCGAAAAGACCUGACAGCCGAUGCCAAGAAGGAAAAGUUUGGGAAUGGGCUGACGUCAGUGGCGGGCGAGUCUGCAAGGGCAAUGGUGGACCCUCUGACACAUCUAUCGUUCACUCAGUAUAUCAAUAUGGUAUGUGGCUAUGCUCGCUCUUUUGAGACGUCUGCGAUUAUCAAUAGCUAUGGGAAGGCCUCGCCAACAGCGCAAAGACCGGCGCCGCGCACCCAGCUUAUGGGAUCAGAGGUGAAAAAGGAGGGCCAUAAAGAUGGGAAUCUAUCGCGUGGUCUGGGAAAAUGCCGUCGAUGUGGCGGAAAGGAGCAUACAGAGGAUAAGUGCUGGUCUACAACUAUCAAGGACAAGGAGCGACGUUGUCUGAUAUGCGGUGCCUACGACCACCGCAAGGUAGACUGUCCGAAUAGGACCAGCAAAUGCCAGCGAUGCGGUCGAAAUGGUCACCUGUCGUCAGUCUGUUGGGCAAAAAUACGCUCGAGGCCUACCACGGCACCAUCCAAGCCGGCGACAAACAAGAUCAGCUGUGAUAGUGCUCACGCAUCGGAGGCUCACGCAUCGGAGGAGGGUGAACCGAUGAUGGAAUGCAAGACUAGAGGGGAAGCAGUGGACUCUUCGGCGUUGACCCUCGAGGUUAGCAACGAAGGUGUCCAGCUACAAGAUGGUCAGAAGAACAGGUUAGAGGACUUCGUUGACUUUAACACCCCAAAAAUUAUUCUGAGAGUUGGGGAAAAACCCCAGCCAGGCCGGACGGCGAAGUGCGUCCACGUAGAUGCCCUCGUUGAUACGGGAGCGGGGGCAUGCUUUGUUCACUCUACUCUAAUAGAGCUACUUAUUGGCCAUAACAUUAUAUCUCAAGAUGAAAUAUGCAGUAUCAAAGGUGUGUUGGUGACCUAUGCUAAUGGAGAGAAGGCGAAUUGCACCAGUGCUGUCCGACUACCAAUACGGCCGAAGAAGGAUUCGAGUCGUGAUACGAAAUGGCUCUCCUGUCUGAUCUCGGAUACCUGUCAACAUACUCUGGUCAUCGGUAGACCGGGAAUGAGGGCGCUGGAUAUGUCUAUAACGGCGAUCCGUUACGGCGACUUUGAGCACUAUGGCCAUAUACCGAGCGCUGGUUCUGUCAUAUCCAUGAUAGCGUGUGAGGCCAUUGAGCCAAAAAUUCUACGGCAACCUCAAGAUGGGCCAACAGUAGAUGUGGAUUAUACUUUCGAGAGCGUGAAGGACUCGACUGGCCAGGCCAGGCUAAGAUUAAGGAUUCCUCAAAUCGAGAGGGCGGGGAUAAUGCCUUACUCGGAGGCGGCCAGGCCACGGAGUCACACUGAUAUGAAGAUUCUGCAUCAUCGAUUCCUCCAAAUGGAAGAGGAAGGCAAAGUGGAGAGGGUCCCGGUAGGGGAGGCUGUGGUACAGCUCGAGCCGGUACUUGUAGAUAAGUACCAACACUCGGGUGACAAGCCUAGGGAGUAUCCUGUGGACCCCUCAGAGCUGAAGGCCCGCUAUAGGGUUACACUGGAUAUGAGGCCAGUGAACCACAUGGAGUUGGCAGUCUGCCAGGAGGAAUUUAUGUGGCUGCCGAAUGCCAGUGCCUCCAGAGUGAAGACGGUGCGGCCCACUGACCAAAAGCAGCAUCAGUCGAGCGCACAGGAACUCUUGAGAUCUAUCCCAGAGGAUAAGGCCCGCUUUUUCGCUAAGAAACGCCUAUUGGAGUGA